AUGUUAAAAGGCGCGCUGCCGCUGCGGUUGCUGCGCGUGGAAAUCCCGCAGUACAAGCUGCGCGGGGAGUCCGCCAUUCUGCAGUGCCACUACGACCUGGGCGACGACGUGCUCUACUCCGUCAAGUGGUACAAGGACGACGAAGAGUUCUAUCGCUUCGUGCCCAAAUCGACGCCGCAGCUCACCUCCUACCGCGUCGAGGGCGUCAAGGUCGAUAUUAAGGAAGCCUCUGUUCAUCAUAUGUGA